GAGUAAGAAUAUAAAUUCGUAAAGAAAAGUGCGGCUAUUAAUUUUGUAUUGGGCUCUGUGAUAAGUAGUCACUAAAAUAUUUUAAAAUAUCACAUAACAUCGAAUAAUUAUGAAGACGUGCUUAUUUAGCUCCGUGCUACUCCUUUCGGUUGUUACAACCAUCCGUGGUUCAACUCCAGAUUUUUGUAAAUUGUUACCAAAUCGAGGCCCAUGCGAUGACAAAAUUGACAGAUAUUACUGGAAUAAUGUAGCGAAAACUUGUAGCAGAUUUACUUACGGAGGAUGCGACGGCAACGCCAACAAUUUCAAAACAUUAUCUGAUUGCCACCGAUAUUGCAACCCAUAUCCAAGAUUUUGUAACUUGCAAUCGGAGACAGGGCCAUGUGCAGGUGCUUUCUUAAGAUACUUUUGGAAUGACACGGCGAAAGAAUGUCAGAAAUUCAGUUACGGGGGAUGCGAUGGCAACAAGAACAAUUUUGAAACAUUUGAAGCUUGCAAUGGCGCGUGCAACUUCUAUCCCGAUGCUUGCAGAUUGGCUGCAGAUUCAGGACCAUGCCUAGCUAAUGGACAGAGAUAUUAUUGGAACGAUCAGGACAAAAAAUGUGAGAAAUUCGUUUACGGAGGAUGCUACGGCAACCCGAACAAUUUUGCCUCGGAGGAAGUGUGCCAAAAAACAUGCAACCCUUAUCCCGGCGCUUGUACAUUGAGACCAGACGACGGGACAUGUAAAGAAAAUUCUGUUGUUACAAGAUACUUUUGGAAUGAAACCACGCAAAAUUGUCAGAAAUUCACUUACUCAGGAUGUGGCGGCAACGCGAACAAUUUCAGAACAGAAAUGUUAUGCCAAGAAAAUUGUAACCCUUAUCCAAAGUUAUGCACUUUGGAAGCGGAGCCAGGGCCAUGUAGAGGUGCCUUUAAAAGAUUCUUUUGGAACAACGACGAGAAAGAAUGUCAGGAAUUCAUUUACGGAGGAUGCCAAGGCAACAACAACAAUUUUGAAACAUUACAAGCUUGCCGUGACACGUGCGACACCUAUCCCGGGUCUUGUCAAUUGGAACCAAAUUCAGGACCUUGUCAAGCCAAUGACCGCAGAUAUUAUUGGAACAAAACGGCGAGAAAAUGCCAGUUAUUCCCUUACGGAGGAUGCUUUGGCAACCAGAAUAAUUUUAAAACAAAAGAAGUGUGCCUAAAAACAUGUGCAUUGAUUGUACCUACAUGCAGGUAGGAUCUAUUAGGUAUGACACGUGUCAUGCUUCUUGAAUAUUCUAUAUAUAGGUACGUAAUAUUUCCCAAAAUUUUUAUUAAUGUACCCU